AUGACCGACAUCGUUAAUUGUGCACAGUUAAUAGUUUAUGCUCGUUACAUCGGCGGAGACAUCAUUCAAGAAGAAAUUUUGUACUCCCAAUCUUUGACAGCAGGUACUACAUCUGAAGAUGGCGCACCUGCAAUGAUAGGUGUACGAUCGGGCUUAGCUGAAAAGCUCAAGGAAAAAAAUUCCGCAAUGGUUAGCACAUAUUGUGUUAUUCAACGGCAAGCUUUGGCUUCCAAAACAAUUGCCACAGAAAUUAAGCCAGACUUUGGACUCGGCUAUAAGGAUUGUAAACUACACCAAGAGCAGCACUUUGAACAGUCGGUUAUACUAUGUAUACUUUACUUUGCGAGGAUCUCGAUUCUUAUCACAAAGUUCUUCUGUUCGAUACAGAAGUACGCUGACUGUCCAAAGGCAACAUGUUGGCUCGCCUUUAUGAAUUGA